GCAGCAGGGCCGCGCCGGGCGCUGCUAUGGGAGCCGGAUGGGUAGCGGGGCUGCUGCUGGUUACACUGCUGAUAAUGCCUGGAUCCGAAGCAGAGAACUGCGGGCAGGGAGAGUACUUACAUGAAGGUCGCUGCUGCCUAUCUUGUCCAGCAGGUACUUAUGUUGCUGAGCACUGCAGUGCUCCGCAUUUGAGAGGAAGAUGUGUCCCUUGCACUGAAGGAGAGGGUUAUACGGCCCAUGAGAACGGCUUGGAAGAAUGCUUGUCGUGUAGACAGUGCAAAGAUGAUCAGAUAACUUUGAGACCCUGUACUCUGACACAUGAUACUGAAUGCCAAUGCAAACAAGGGUAUUUCUGCCCUGCCGAGGGCUGUGAAAUAUGUCAGAGAUGCAGUACAAUGUGUCCGGAAGGGAAAGAAAUUGUGCAGAAUUGCAAUGCUACUAUGGACCUAGGAUGUGGCUUACCCGAUCAAGGAAGCACAGCUCUUGUUUGGAUAAUUGUGAUUAUUUUGGUUGUUGUUGUUGGCUUGUUGCUGUUCUUUGUAAUUAGAAAGCUGAAGAGUGAUAAAGCUGCCUCAACUGAUAAAGAUGCAGAGAAAGGUCUGGAGUCUGAGGGCAGUACUGAAAGCCUCAUUUUACCAGAAGUGGAGACACCUGCAAAUAACACAGCCAACCCAGAGGGUGAGAACUCCGGUGAGAGCCCAGAGGGCCAAGCGCAAACCAACGUUAACUUGGAAGUAAAAAACACAUCACCAGAGAAAAACAGUGUUGCGCUUUCUGAGCGGGGCACCAUCCUACGCGGGGGCUGGAGGCGCCACAUGGAAAGGUGCUGGAGGAGGAUUGCUGAGUCUUCACUACCAGCAAAAACCGGGCAGAAUCUUGCUUGUCAUCAGAAUGCCCCGUCUAAUGUACGGAGUGGUAGGAUGCCAGCAAAUCGUAUGGUACAAGAACCAAAGUGUCGAAUAAUUGUUAAAGAUCUCUCUCAAAAAGAACUGAGAGAUAGCUUUUGGGCCUUUAUAAAUGAAGUACCACCGAAAAAAUGGAAGCAGCUUAUGAGAACUCAUCUGCAGGAAAAUGACAUUGUUAAAAUUAUUUAUGACUUUCCUAAUGAUAUAGAAGAGCAAUCUUAUCAGAUGCUUCUCACCUGGAAAAACACCCUGGGGGAGAAACAAUCUAUUAUUAAGUUACUGGAUGAGUUAAGGUAUCUAGAUACUAAGGCUUAUGAUAAUGUAUUGAACACUUUAAAAAGUAAUAACAUUAUAAGUAAAUUAGAAGCUACAGACUAAUGUUUACGACGAACUUCAAAAAUGUUCCUGUGUACAUAUAUAUGUCUACAAACUUCCUGUAAAUGAGGACGUCAACAAACUGCUAGUAAAAGUGGUGGCAUGGACUUGAUAUCCUCCUCACCUUCACACGGGGAGCUGGAAGUGCUUUAGCACCGUCGGUGUUAACACGAACUCCGGUUGUGAUGUACACUAAGGUCUUUUGAGUUGUAUGACAUUAAACUCAGGCGCCGGAUGCCAGCUUGAGAGCGAGGAGCUCCAGCUCGUGCUUCCCUUCAUGUGGGGCAGGACCGUGCUGUUCGAGCCCGGGUGGUGGGAACAAAGAGGCUGCUACUGUUUUUGAGAGGAUUGCGAUGCUUUGGUUUCUGAAACGAUUGUGUUUUGUUUUGUAUUGGUAUGCUCAGAACUGUUAUGUUUGAAGCACAGCAAUAAAAGCCCAGUUGAG